AUGUUGGGUGGAGCGAAACAGCGGAACCAGGAGCGGCACGAGAGGUCCGCGAAGAAAACGACCACCGACGCUGCUGCGGCGAAGCCGGCGAGGAAAAACAACAAGCCGGGCACUGCGCCAAGGAUGAAGGGCCACAAUGGAAGCACGCUGACAGGCCCCGUCGUGGCCCACGCGGGCGGGAGUGCCGGCCGUGACUCGGCAAACGAUCGUCAGCAGAUUCCGUUUAGAAGCAAAAUGGAGGAGCGGGCGUACAAAAAGGCCAAGCGCAUCCCGCGCUACGCCCCUGGUCCGGGGGGAGACAACAGCAACAGCAGUGUUGUGGGCAAGCGGCCAAGUGGCGCCAGCAGCGCCGCCCAGCGUCGCGCCAUACUGAAGGCAAAAGGCGAUGACGCCAUCUUGGAACACUUCCGCACAAAACUGUCGUCAAGUACGUUUCGGUUGUUAAAUGAGCAAAUCUACAACUCCACGGUGGCCUUUGCCAGUCAACUGUUGCGCGACCCAUCCACGUAUGCGGACUACCACAAUGGCUACCGUCAGCAACUGGAACAAUGGCCAUUAAAACCAAAUCAAGUUAUUGUGGAGGCUCUGUUGGGGGAUCGCCGUGGUCGUUUCCUCGCGAAUAAAGCUAAAAGCAUGCCGGGGUAUAUCCCCACAAGUUGGGUGAUCGCAGACAUGGGGUGCGGAGAUGCGCAGAUAGCGCAGGCGAUGCGACCGAAAGGGUAUACCGUCUACUCCUUUGACUUUUGUGCCGUGAAUGAGUAUGUGACGGUGGCCAAUGCCACCAAUGUGCCUUUGGAUGACAAUUCCGUUGACAUCUGCAUUUUCUCACUCAGCCUCAUGUCGACAGACUACGUAGAGUGCCUUUAUGAGGCCUUCCGGGUGUUGAAGCCCAAGCGUCUUUUAAAGAUUGUCGAGGUGCGUUCCCGCAUACCACACCCAAGACGGUUCUCCGAACUGGUGGAAAAUAUUGGUUUUGACCUCGACUACCACGACACGGUAGGGGACUACUUUGUAGCGUAUGACUUCCUCAAGCGUGAGGGUCAGGCCAAGGCCAAUCGGGGUGUGAGGUACGACCCACAGGAAGUGCUGGUGGCAUCCCUCUACAAGAAGCGAUGA